CAAUCAUCUUCAUUUCCCUUGCUAUAAAUUCAGACUUGAAUUUAUUUUACUCGUAAAAAGGCUAUUCAUGGCAUUGAUGGCACAUAUCCCCAUCAGUCCCUAUGGAUUAACAUCGAUACAAUUAAAUUAACCUGGCUUAUUUGAACCAUUAGAAUCUUUGAAGACUACCACCAACCACCAUGCCUCUCAAGAAAGAGGUCAUCAGCGUGGAUCUGUACGCCAAGCUCGGCGUCCAGAGCGGCGCCUCUCGCGAGGAGAUUCGAGCCAGCUACAAGGAGCUGGCCAUCAAGUGGCAUCCUGACAAAGCAGGAGACACCGAGCAGAACAAGGCCGAGUUCCGCGCCGUCCAAGAAGCAUGGGAGAUCCUAGGCGACGAAGUCAGCCGCAAGGAGUAUGACCACGCCCGCGCCAGUCAGAGACCGAAGCUAGACGACUUCAUCCGAGGAACGUACCCGGAGGAUCCCUUUGAGCAACCCGACCAGCCCUCCGCCAAGCCCCAACAGCCCGAGAAGGGAGGCGGCAACCGCAGAGAUGGCAACCGGCCCUUUUCCUCGCAGUCAUUCCUCUCCGGCGAUUUUAUCAGCGACGCCCUCAAGCACAUGCACCAGAAGAUGGGCAAGACAGAGCAUGAGCUGCGCGUCAGCCACACUCGAUUCAACAGCUGCGAGAUCAAGUUGACAACGGCGUAUGCGCGCCGACCACCCAGUACGAUAAAGUUGCGCAGCUGGAACGUACGCUUGAUGCACGCCAAGGCAGCCUACGUCGGAUUCUUCAAGCGGCUGGGAGUGCUGAAGACGAUGCUACCGUUGCCCGGCCAGGCUCGUGUUGUGCCUUCCACGAUGACGCUCCUCCCUCACGAUAUCGCUCAAUUCUCAAGCCUAGUCUUCCGAGUGACCAUCGCUACUCUCGCCCUAUCUCAGCAUGUGGAGGAGUUCGCCAAAGGCCGAGACAAUGAGAAGGAUCUCGACAAACAACUGUCAAUUAUUGCAAAACCAAACAUGUAAUUGUAUUCGUCGGGGGAUCAAUUUUCGCUGGAAAGGCAUGAGAUGGGAUACAAUAGCAAGGGAAUAGGUGUGCAAAUGAAUUGAACCGGACAUCUUCAAGAGAAAGAGCUCUAGCACUCUAUAUAGCACACAUUCUAGCCAAAUCCCCAACCGGUCUACUCUAUUCUACUUCCCACAAUAC